UUCAUUAGGUGUACCCCACCAUGCAUUCAACAUCAUAUCUGCAGGGUCACUUGAAAAAACUGUCUUUGAAAACCCUAAACGGGCUGGGAUCGACCAUGAUUUUUAUAGUCCAUCCAACCCGUUCAUAAGGUUACACCCACCUCCCCAGGACAAAGGAAAACUCAAAGAUCAACCUGAUCCAAACCUUUUGUGGACCCAAGAAGGUUUCAAUGGUGGGAGUUCAUUCGCCAUUGAUGUGGCCCACUUGAGUUUUGGAUCUCCAACAGCGUUGGAUUCAUGUCCUAAAUUGAGAUGAAGAAACGGAUGGACGUACUGGAUAUAAACCGAACAUCACGGUGGCCCCACAGAGCUUGGGGUUGCAAGAGAUUCCUGUAACCCGGGUUGCACGCAGGUGGCGUACAUCAGUCACCAGUGAGGAACCCAUCAAAACCCUAACCGGUGGUAUAAACACAACCGGAAGCGCGCGAGAGCUCUCUUCUCUGGUAUUUGAAGAAGAGCUCUAAAAUCCUAGCCUUCAAUCUCAUCUCUCCCAUUCUGCAGCCAUGUCCAGAAGAAAGACCAGGGAACCCAAAGAGGAAAAUGUCACACUUGGACCGACUGUACGAGAAGGGGAGAAUGUUUUUGGUGUUGCCCAUGUUUAUGCCUCAUUCAAUGACACUUUCAUUCAUGUGACUGAUUUGUCUGGGAGAGAAACAUUGGUUCGUGUCACUGGUGGGAUGAAAGUUAAAGCUGAUAGGGAUGAAUCCUCACCUUAUGCAGCCAUGCUUGCAGCACAAGAUGUUGCACAACGCUGCAAGGAGCUUGGGAUUACUGCCCUUCACAUUAAACUACGUGCAACUGGAGGAAACAAGACUAAGACGCCAGGUCCUGGUGCCCAAUCUGCUCUCAGAGCUCUUGCACGGUCUGGAAUGAAGAUUGGUCGCAUUGAGGAUAAAACCCCAAUCCCCCACGACAGCACUCGCAGAAAGGGCGGGAGAAGAGGGAGGAGGCUGUAGUUCACUUUUUCUACAUUUUUAACCAUCGAUGGAAGUGUAUUGGUGGUGCUCGCCUUAGGGCAGAUGGAGAACUUUAGUUGUUUCCAAACGGCACUCUAGUUUUGAGAACAUUGUCUUUGCCAACUGUUUUACUUAUGCUCACAGUUGCGGACCCAAGUUGCCUUUAUUGUUCUGGUAAACUCUCUUUUUUUACAUGGUUUGGGAUGUAGUUGUCCAAAAACCACAGGAUAGGGUAUUUCAUACAAUCCAAUCAAAGAUCAGUUUUCUAA